AAUGGAGAUGACGAUAAAAUAGUUGAUUUCCUAUAAAAGAGCUCCAAUUUUACAAGAAAGUAUAUGAUGGAAUCAAAUGUUGAAGAUUUGAUUUUUAUAUUAUUGUAAUAAACGUAAUUAAUGCACAAAUAGUUUCACUAUUAAAUACAAAAUUCCUUAUUUUCAUUAUACACAUUCAUAUUGAUCUGAGUAUGAAUAUAUUCGUGCAUAUUUAACGAGUAACUUAAUGUGAUUAUUGAUUUUUUCUAUAAGGAAAAGGAGUUCACCAUCCAUAAAUCGACAGCUUUAGGGUUUUAAAAACAAACCCUGCAGAGUAGGUUCAUUGUAGUUCUGCUAAAAAAAAAAAUCGAAUUCCAAAAAACCACAAAAAUUUAACUACAAUGAGACUCAAGCAAGAAGAUACACUUCUCAAUAACAACACCAAUAACUUAUACAUGUCUGAGAUACCAGUGGACAAGCAAAAGCUUGCUGCUCCAAUAAAAUCGGUUGUUGACAAGUUUCAGCUUCUCCCUGAGUUUUUAAAGGUUAGAGGGUUAGUGAAGCAGCACUUGGAUUCAUUUAAUUAUUUCGUUAAUACUGGAAUCAAGAAGGUUGUUAGUGCCAACGACCGGAUUGUAUCCUAUAUUGACCCCGGUAUUUACCUCAGGUUUAAAGAUGUUAGAAUUGGUAAUCCCUCCAUGACGACUUAUGAAAAAAUAAAUCCCCAUACAUGCCGCCUCGCAGAUAUGACGUAUGCUGCACCGAUAUUCGCCGACAUAGAGUACGUGCAAGAAAGUCAUGGGCAGAGAACUAGACUAGAAAAGAAAAAUGUUGUUAUGGGAAGAAUGCCGAUCAUGUUAAGAAGUUGCCGCUGUGUGUUAUAUGGAAAAGAUGAAGCUGAACUUGCAAGGCUUGGUGAAUGCCCUCUUGAUCCUGGUGGGUAUUUUAUUAUUAAUGGAUCAGAGAAGGUGAUUCCAAUACGUGAACAGCUAGCCAAGAAUAGGAUAAUUAUUGAUGCAGACAACAAGGGAAAUAUAACGGCAUCUGUAACAAGCAUAUCGGAAACAAUAAAAAGCCAAACAGUUAUUCAGAUGGACAAAGAGAAGAUAUAUUUGUUACUCAACCAAUUUGUGAAAAAGAUCCCUAUUAUGGUGGUCAUGAAAGCAAUGGGGAUGGAGAGUGAUCAAGAGGUUAUGCAAAUGGUUGGUGCUGAUCCUUGUUAUAGUGCUCUUCUUUUACCUUCUAUGGAGGAAUGUGCACGUAUUGGCAUAUAUACCCAAGAACAAGCAUUGGCAUACCUUGAUACGAAGGAACGGGGAGCUUUUUUGAUCCUUCGAGAUAUCUUUCUUGCCAAUGUUCCAGUGCGAUGCAAUAAUUUUCGUCCAAAAUGCUUGUAUGUUGCGGUUAUGCUGAGAAGGAUGAUGGAGGCAACAUUAAAUAAGCAUGCAAUCGAUGACAAGGAUUAUGUGGGGAACAAGCAUCUCGAGCUAUCAGGACAAUUAAUCUCUCUUCUUUUUGAAGAUUUGUUCAAGAAGACGAUUAAAAAGGUUGGAGAUAAUAUUGAUAAAGCCCUAGCAGCGAUCAGCAGAUCUAGGGCUUUAGACCCUUCUCGGCUUUUGUGUGAGCUUGACAUCAUUAGUAAAGGCCUUCAAUGGACCCUUUCUACUGGAAACCUUCGUAUCAAUCGGUUCAGAAUGCAGAGUAAAGGCGUGACACAGAUUCUGGGGAGGAUGUCCUUUAUUGGAACUUUGGGCUUUAUGACAAAAGUCUCACAACAGUUUGAUAAGUCUCGGAAAGUAAGUGGACCAAGGGCCUUGCAUCCUAGCCAGUGGGGAAUGCUUUGCCCUUGUGAUACUCCAGAGGGCGAAGGUUGUGGACUGGAUAAAAACUUGGCCCUAACGACUCAUGUUACAACUGACGAGGACGAGGGUCCAUUGAUUUCUUUGUGCUAUUGCUUGGGGGUUCAAGACAUGGAGCUACUAUCAGGAGAAGAGCUUCAUACGCCAAAUUCAUUCCUGGUUAUGUUAAAUGGGCUGAUUCUUGGCAAACAUAGAAGGCCACAGCAUUUUGCUAAUGCUCUGAGAAAGCUGCGAAGAGCUGGCAAAAUUGGUGAGUUUGUGAGCGUCUUCGUAAAUGAAAAGCAGAGGUGUGUGUAUAUUUCUUCUGAUGGAGGUCGAGUUUGUCGACCAUUGGUUAUAGUUGACAAGGGAAUAUCGAGGAUCAAAGAACACCAUAUGAAGGAGUUGCUGGAUGGAGUCCGUACUUUUAAUGACUUUUUAGGUGAUGGAUUAGUUGAGUAUCUUGAUGUCAAUGAGGAGAACAAUGCUCUGAUUGCUUUGUACGAUGGAGAGGUUACACCUGAAACUACUCAUAUUGAGAUAGAGCCUUUCACGAUCUUAGGUGUUAAUGCUGGGUUGAUUCCGUAUCCUCAUCAUAAUCAGUCACCAAGAAAUACCUAUCAGUGUGCAAUGGGGAAGCAAGCAAUGGGAAAUAUUGCAUAUAACCAGUUAUGUCGGAUGGACACAUUACUUCAUAUAUUGGUGUAUCCUCAGAGGCCUCUAGUGACAACAAGGACAAUUGAACUGGUUGGAUAUGAUAAGCUUGGAGCUGGUCAGAAUGCAGCUGUUGCAGUCAUGAGUUGCAGUGGUUAUGACAUUGAGGAUGCUAUUGUCAUGAACAAGGCUUCUCUAGACCGUGGUUUUGGGCGUUGUAUUGUGAUGAAAAAGUAUUCUAACAUUAUUCAGAAAUAUGAAAUUGGUGCAUCCGACAGUAUUCUUAGGCCACAGAGAACUGGACCUGGUUCCGAGAAGAUGCAGAUAUUAGAUGAUGAUGGAAUUGCUGCUCCUGGGGAGAUUAUUAGACCAAAUGACAUCCUUCUUAAUAAGGUCUCUAUUCAUACAAAAGGGAUUCCUGUAUCUUCAGAACCUAUCAUGGAUAGUGCUUAUAGACCUGCAAAGCAACUGUACAAAGGUCCUGAAGGAGAGUCUUGUGUACUGGAUAGAGUUGCUCUUAGCUCUGAUCAGAAAGGAAAUUUAUCAAUAAAAUUUUUAAUACGCCACACACGUCGACCUGAACUUGGUGACAAAUUUAGUAGCAGACAUGGCCAGAAAGGUGUCUGCGGCAUUAUCAUUCAGCAGGAAGAUUUCCCCUUCUCAGAGUGUGGCAUUUGUCCUGAUUUAAUUAUGAAUCCUCAUGGUUUUCCAAGUCGAAUGACUGUAGGCAAGAUGAUAGAGCUUCUUGGAGGCAAAGCCGGAGUUUCCUGCGGUAGGUUCCACUAUGGUAGUGCUUUCGGCGAGCCUAGUGGUCAUGCGGAUAAGGUUGAAACUAUAAGUGAAACCCUCAUCAAGCACGGUUUCUGCUACAAUGGCAAGGACUUCAUUUAUUCAGGUAUUACGGGUUUUCCAUUACAAGCUUAUAUUUUUAUGGGACCAAUUUACUACCAGAAGUUAAAGCAUAUGGUCCUUGAUAAAAUGCAUGCCAGAGGUAAUGGGCCUCGAGUUAUGUUAACUAGACAGCCUACAGAAGGGAGAGCUCGAAAAGGAGGGUUGCGAGUAGGAGAAAUGGAACGUGAUUGUCUAAUUGCUUAUGGUGCCAGUAUGUUGAUUUAUGAGCGAAUGAUGUUAUCCAGCGAUCCAUAUGAUGCCCAGGUUUGCCGAAAAUGUGGUUUGAUAGGAUACUACAGCCAUAAGCUGAAAACUGGGUUUUGUUCUUCAUGUAAAAUUGGAGAAAAUGUUUCUAGCAUGAAACUACCAUACGCAUGCAAGCUUUUAAUCCAGGGUUGCGAGUAGGAGAAAUGGAACGUGAUUGUGUAAUUGCUUAUGGUGCCAGUAUGUUGAUUUAUGAGCGAAUGAUGUUAUCCAGCGAUGCACAUGACGUCCAGCUACUUCAAGCAGACCAGCAAUGUAGCAGAACCGAGAGCAGCAGCAGCUUGGUGCAUUUUGUUUCCUUUUGUUCAAAUGUAAUUUGCCUAGUUAGUUUGUAACUUGUAAAUUAAAGCUAGUGGGAUUUGUUUUGAUUUGUACUUGAUGUAAUGGCUGAUGUAUCAGCUAGCUUUGAUUUGAAUUUCAAUCUUGUAUUAGUUAAGUAUAGGUGGGAACAGUUACAUUGUUAGGUAACUGUCAAAUUCACUUUGUAACUUACAUAUAAUUUGAUAUUAUCAAUGAAAGAGUAUGAUUUUUAGCUCAA